AACUUUUUCACCCAGUCUGAAAUCGAUGAUGUCAUCCAAGGUGUCCAUGAAGUCAUUGAGGAUAUGCCAACGGAUAGUAUCCAUGCUCACUCUGCAUACAGUGUUCCAAAAUGUCAACAUUGCAUUGGUGGCAACCUCGCUUUAAAAGAAUAUCUUUUAGCAACAAGAUAAAAGAGCUCCUAAGACAAUUUCAUUAUAAAGACCCUGUUGUGGCACAUAGCCAGCUCAUCUUUAAGAAACCUGAAAUUGGAGAAGUUUUUAGACCUCAUCAAGAUUCAACAUUUCUGUGUACUGAACCUCAACUUCUUUUUGGAAUUUGGAUACCAUUAGAAGAUGCUACCAUUGAGAAUGGAUGUCUUUGGUUCAUUCCAGGAUCCCAUAAUAACGAAGUUUUCCAACGAUUUGUGAGAAACCCUGGUAACACACCCAUAAUGUCCAUGAAGGGUAAAAUUCCUGAAAUGGAUGACAACUUGUAUGUCCCAGUUCCAGCUAAGAAAGGGGAUCUUGUACUCAUCCAUGGUUCUGUUCUGCAUAAAAGUGGUAAAAAUAAUUCCAACAAAGCCCACAUUGCAUAUACAUAUCAUGUGGUUGAAAGAGAUGCAGAAUGGAGUAAGGAUAAUUGGUUGCAACCUACCGAAAGAUUAAUAUUUCCAUCUGUUUAUGCCAAUUGAACAGGGAUCUUUGUUGUGAAUGAAGCAAACAUUUAAUUUUGAUUGUGCAGGUCAAAUGUUGUGCUCAAAGUUACUGCAGAAUUCAAGCUGUUUUCUAUUUCAACUGAUUGAUGUUCAAUUCUGUUCCAUGUGGAAUCUUUUAAAUGUAUCAAUUUGAAAUUAUCUUUCGUAUUAAAUUUUUUGACGAACAA